AUGAAGGUAAUAGAACAUAGCCAAGUUGCACCACCACCAAAUUCACUUCCAUCACCAACAACACUCCCUCUCACCUUCUUCGACAUUUCAUGGUUUUACUGUCAACCCACUGUUAAACGUAUCUUCUUCUACCACUUUCCUCACCCAACUCAUCACUUCCUCCAAACAACACUUCCUAUUCUCAAACACUCACUUUCCUUAACCCUUCAACACUUCUUUCCCUUCACCUCCAACCUCAUCAUCCCUCCAAAUUCCCAUAACACUCCUCCUUUCAUACGUUACCUUGAUGAAGACUCUAUUUCCUUCACUGUAGCUGAAUCCUCAGCAGACUUCAACAUCCUCGUAUCUGAUUCACAAGAUGCUCAAAACUGGCACCAUCUCGUUCCAAAUUUACCUCCACCUCGUACCGAACAAGACAACAUUCGUGUUAUCCCUAUAAUGUCUAUUCCAGUCACUGUUCUUCCAAACUCCGGGUUCUCUAUUUGCCUCAGUUACAACCAUGUUGCUGCAUACGGAAAAUCGUACUUCAUCAUUUCAUGA